AUGCCCCCGGAAUACCCUCAAGUACUUGACGAAGCGCGGCUGAGGAGGGCAGAGAAUCUGCUAUGUGAUAUUUUCGGUGUUCAGUCACUGAGGAAGCACCAGAAGCUUGCUGGAAAUAACAUCUUGCGAGGCAAGACUACAGUCUAUGAUGUUCCCACUGGUGGAGGCAAGACCCUUGCAUUCUGGUAUCCUCUAUUCUACGAUUGGGAUGAUAGAGAUAUGAUCUCAACAUCUCAGAAUGUUGUCCUGGUCGUGAGCCCUCUCAAUGCACUCAUGAACUCACAGGCAGAGGCCUUACAGGAGAAAGGCAUACCAGCUCUUGCUGUGAACUCGGAAGGAAGUAAAAUUGAGGAUAUUUUCGAGGUGUACGAUAAUACCCACCGCUAUCAUUUGAAGCAUCGUGUAUUAUUUGUCUCGCCGGAGACUGCCCUGUCGACUCAGUUUCAUGAGAAGGUCUUGAAAAUCAAGUCGUUUCGUGUCAACUGCAUGGAACUUGUGAUUGACGAGUCACACAGUGCCAGUGAAUGGGGUGAAGAUUUCAGACCAGAGUAUGCUGAACUGGGAAAACUUCUCGCGCGACUGCCGAGUGGACUUCCGGUUCUUCUCGCCUCUGCUACGAUGCCCGAGAAUGUGAUACACGAUGUAUUAUUCAAGGUCGGCCUUCCCCAGGACUCUGCACGUGUUGCCGUCUCAAAUGCAAAACAUAAUGUUGCACUUUCGGUCCGUAUCCUCCAACAUCCCUCGAACACAUAUGCUGACCUUCUUGCACUGUUCCCAACCGAGAAAAAUGGUGGAUUCCGCCAGACACUUAUCUAUGUCAAUAGUCAAAGUGAAGCUGAAGAAAUACAAGAUUUCCUACGUCGUAACUGCCCGGAGCACAUUUCAACUGAUGCUAUCGAGUUCUAUCAUCGUAAUUUGACUGAUAAACGAAAACGCAACAUCCAGGAGGGUCUGCGAACGGGACGUCUUUGUUGUGUUAUUGCGACGGACGCUCUGGGAAUGGUAUGUCAUUUCUGUCAUUGA